CUGAAAUGUAAAACAGCUACCUUGCUUAAUUGGACUGUAAUCAAUAUUCAUAAUUAAUUUACUAGAAAUCUAAGAAUAAGCUAUUCAAAUGGCCUAUUAAUAGCCAUAGGAAGGUUAAUGGAACAAGGAACACGAUAAAAAUGACUGCAUCAUUUAUACUAAAUUAAAUCAAGUUGGACUAAAGAUGACAAGAACCGAGCUGAAAUUGAACGUGGAUCCAAAGAAGGCUAUGGAUCUUAUCUUCGAUAUGACUAGGAGAGCUGAAUUCGAUGAGUAUUUUUUGGAAGUAAUUAAAUCAAUCAUUUUAGGCCAAAGUUGUAGAAAAAAUAGACGAAAAUAAUGUUAUUUAUCAUGGAGCUGGUAAAUCCCCCAUAGUCUUGGUUGACCCAAGAGACAUGGUUGCUCUCACUAGAAGAAUCGUUCUUAAGGAUGGUACUCAUAUGGUUGUUUGUAAUAUUAUCAAAAUCUAUUUCAGCUAAAUCUGUCGAGUUAGAUUCCGUUCCUAAGAAGAAAAAUUAUACUCGUUGCGAAAUUAUUAUUUCAGCAUUUUUGAUUAAAUAGAUUUCAUAAGACAUUUGCCAAGUUGUUAUCAUCGCUAAUGUUGAUCCCAAAGGUAGUAUUCCAAAGAUGUUAAUCAAUUCUGGAGUAUCUAUGCAAGCAGAUGCUGUUAAGAAGUUGAUGGAAAAAAUGAGAUAGCAUACCUUGAAAGUUUGAAAUUUAUAUGUGUAUUCAUCAUAUUUAGAUGAUAA